AUGGCGGAACAUUAUUAUGAAGCAGAGACUAAGCAUGGAGGAAGCAAGAAUGGAAAGAAAGAAGGCCUCUCUGGAAGCUCAUUUUUCACCUGGUUUAUGGUAAUUGCUUUGCUGGGAGUUUGGACGUCAGUAGCAGUUGUCUGGUUUGAACUUGUAGAUUAUGAAGAAGUUCUAGCCAAAGCAAAGGAUUUCCGUUAUAACUUGUCAGAGGUCCUACAAGGCAAGCUUGGGAUAUAUGAUGCUGAUGGAGAUGGAGAUUUUGAUGUGGAAGAUGCUAAAGUAUUGCUAGGUGAGGAGCCAGGAGGGGUAGCCAAGAAAAAAACUAAAGUCAAAGGCCUUAAAGAAAGAUCUGUCCCAGCACAGCCACCACCAGAAUCUGAAGAGACCAUCCAGCCUGCUGAGAAGUCGUAUGUCGAAUCCGAGCACAAGAAUGCUGACAUAGAACCAGAAGAGGAAAUUCAGUCUGUUCUUCAUGAAGCUCUCCAUUCCCAGCCUGGAGAGAGACAUGAAGAUGUAGAUGAAAGUGUAAAUGACCAGUGGCGAGUGAAGGAAGAAAUACAUGGAGAAACUUUUGAAGCUCCUACAACAGAUGACUUGCUCAGAGAAUUAGAGAAUGAAAUGCCAGAAGCAUAUGAGACACCAGACUCAGUUCAGAAAGAUGCUGAUAUUUUGGCAGAUGAUCUUGGAGCAAUGGAGCCUGAACCAUAUGAAGCUCCAGUUUCAUAUGAAUAUGAUAUGGAUGUGGAAAAGACAGUAAGUGAUCCAGAAGCUCCAGGUGACUCUGAGCUAAUUCUAGAAGAUGCUAUUGAACAUUACACAGAGGAUAGAGUGCAUGGGGAUUAUAAUGAAGACCAUGAACCAAAACAUGAAAAGCAGACUGAGACUGAAGAUACAGAUGAAAUUAUUGAAGAUCUUGAUAUUGAUAAAGAGCCGUCAGGUAUGAAAAAUAAGCAUACAGAAAAUAGAACUGUCCUGUUUGAAUUGUUUGUACACUUUUGACUUACAGAAAUGCCCGUUCAAGCUGAGGAUUAUUCAAAUGAUGAUCUAGUGGGGAAAAGUGAAAAAGAAACGGAACAAGACAAACCAGAGAAAGAUAAAAAGAAGAAGAAGCCAAAGCUCUUAAACAAGUUUGAUAAGACCAUUAAAGCUGAAAUAGAUGCUGCUGAAAAGUUACGUAAAAAAGGAAAAGUUGAAGAAGCUCUAAGGGCCUUUGAAGCAUUAGUGAGUCAAUAUCCACAGAGUCCUCGAGCAAGAUACGGGAAAGCACAGUCUGAAGAUGACUUAGCUGAGAAAAUGAGAAGUAAUGAGAUGCUGCAAAAAGCCAUCAACACCUAUGAUGAAGUGGUUAGUCUGCCAAAUGUCCCUUCAGAUCUGGUAAAACUGAGCUUGAAACGAGAAGCAGACAGGCAGCAGUUUCUUGGUCGCAUGAGAGGUUCCCUGAUUACUCUACAGAAAUUAGUUCAGCUGUUUCCCAGUGAUACUUCAUUCAAGAAUGACCUUGGUGUUGGUUACCUCUUGAUAGGCGAUAACAGCAAUGCCAAGAAAGUAUAUGAAGAGGUUCUAAGCCUGGCUCCAAAUGACGGCUUUGCCAAAGUACAUUACGGCUUCAUCCUGAAGGCAGAAAACAAGAUAGCAGAGAGCAUACCCUAUCUAAAGGAAGGACUGGAGUCUGGUGACCCCGGUACAAAUGAUGGACGCUUUUAUUUUCAUCUGGGUGAUGCCUUGCAGAGAAUGGGAGACAAAGAGGCAUACAAGUGGUAUGAACUUGGAUACCAACGAGGUCAUUUUGCAUCGGUUUGGCAGCGCUCCCUCUACAAUGUCAAGGGACUUAAAGCUCAGCCUUGGUGGACAGCAAGGGAAACUGGUUAUACGGAACUGGUGAAGUCCUUAGAAAAAAACUGGAAGCUUAUUCGGGAUGAGGGGCUUGCUGUGAUGGAUAAAAAAAGAAGCCUCUUCCUACCUGAAGAUGAGAAUCUACGAGAAAAAGGAGACUGGAGCCAGUUUACCUUAUGGCAACAAGGAAGAAAAAAUGAGAAUGCUUGUAAAAGUGUUCCGAAAACAUGUGCUUUGUUGGAAAGAUUCCCGGAAGCUACUGGCUGCAGAAGAGGGCAGAUCAAAUAUUCUAUCAUGCACCCGGGGACUCAUGUCUGGCCCCAUACAGGGCCCACCAAUUGUCGUCUAAGGAUGCAUUUGGGCUUGGUGAUACCUAAGGAAGGCUGCAGAAUUCGGUGUGCCCAAGAGAACAGAACCUGGGAAGAAGGGAAAGUUCUUAUUUUUGAUGACUCUUUCGAACAUGAAGUAUGGCAGGAUGCUGAGAAUUAUCGCCUGAUAUUCAUUGUGGAUGUGUGGCACCCUGAGUUAACACCACAAGAGAGACGCACCCUUCCUGCUAUUUAA